AUGUCUUGGGCUCCGCCAUCUGAUCCUGUUAAUAACAAGAGCAAACCAAUCAAGAUAUCUCAGUUAUGUGAGCUCUGUCAUUGUCGUAAAGCAAUUCUGAAAAGACCUAAAAAUUUACAGAAGAUUUGCAAAGAAUGUUUUUAUUAUGUUUUUGAAACAGAAAUUCAUAAUACUAUUGUCACAAACAAUUUGUUCCAACGUGGUGAAAGAGUCGCUGUAGGUGCGUCUGGUGGUAAGGAUUCCACAGUACUUGCUCAUAUUAUGAAAUUGUUGAAUGAGAGACAUGAUUAUGGUAUUGACAUUACAUUAUUAAGUGUUGAUGAAGGUAUCGUCGGGUACCGUGACGACUCAUUGGCUACAGUGAAGAGAAAUCAAAAGCAAUAUGGCUUACCAUUAGAAAUCGUAUCUUUCAAAGAACUUUACAACUGGACCAUGGAUGAAAUUGUUGCGACGGCUGGGAUAAGAAACAGUUGCACAUAUUGUGGUGUCUUUAGACGACAGUCAUUGGAUAGAGGUGCCCAAAAAUUAAAUAUACAUCAUGUUAUUACUGGGCACAAUGCGGAUGAUAUGGCUGAGACAGUCCUUAUGAAUAUUCUUCGUGGUGAUGUUGCUAGGCUAGAAAAGUCUACUGCUAUAAUUACUCAAAGUUCUGGUUCUCCGAUUAAAAGAUCAAAACCUUUCAAAUAUUCUUAUCAGAAGGAAAUUGUGUUGUAUGCACAUUACAAAAAGUUAGAUUAUUUUUCAACCGAAUGUACAUAUGCACCUGAAGCGUUUAGAGGUACCGCAAGAGAAUUAAUGAAGAAUUUGGAGGCUGUGAGGCCAAGUUGUAUUAUUGACAUUAUCCAUAGUGGUGAAAAUCUUGUUCUAAAGGAGAAAGAGCAACGAUUCAAGAAAUUAGCCCCAGGACAAGAUCCACUUACGGUCAAUAGCGGAUUUAUAGACGGUAAUAGGUGUGAGAGAUGCGGUUAUCUAUCUAGUAACAAGAUUUGCAAAGCGUGUAUGUUACUUGAGGGUCUGGAGAAGAACAGAGCGACAAUCAUACUAGAGAAGGACAGUUCAGUGGACGGUGCUGCACGUGUCAUGAGAACCUUGGAACAUUUAUCGUUUUAG